UACUGCUGGUUGAGGUGGCGUUGUUAGUCUGUCGGAGUUAUCAAUUGCUGCAGGUAGAAAGAUGUCUGUUCCAAGCAAACAGGACAUACUCACUAUCUUCAAACGUCUCCGUUCGGUUCCCACAAAUAAGGUAUGCUUUGAUUGUGGAGCUAAAAACCCUAGCUGGGCAAGUAUAACGUAUGGGGUGUUUCUGUGCAUUGACUGCUCUGGGACACACAGAUCCCUUGGGGUGCAUUUGACUUUUAUUAGAUCCACAGAGUUAGAUUCCAACUGGUCUUGGUUUCAGUUGCGGUGCAUGCAAGUUGGGGGCAAUGCAAAUGCUACUGCUUUUUUCCAUCAAUUUGGAUGUACAACUAACGAUGCAAAUGCAAAAUACAAUAGUCGAGCGGCUCAGCUUUAUAGAGAGAAAAUCAAGUCUCUGGCCACACAAGCAACAAGGAAACAAGGGACAGAUCUGUGGUUGGACAACCCAGGGCAUGGUCCCUCAUCUCCCACUUCUCCUCAACAUAAAGAGGAAGACUUCUUUGCAGUACAUACACAGGUGGUUUCAAAGGACUGGUCUUCAAAUUUAACAGAUCUCAAUUUUGAAUCUACUUCAAUAGAAGAACAGCCUGCACAGGGGAUGCUCAAAGCCGAGGCUGACUCUACAUCUACAGGAGUCACAAAUAGCAGAGAACCAGCAUUUCUGCUAAAGAAAAAGUCUGUGCCUGCAAAGAAAUCGCUUGGUGCAAAAAAGGGUGGCUUAGGAGCUCAAAAAGUAAGCUGCCGGCACUUCAGCGAGAUCGAAAAACAAGCCCAGACUGUGGAUAAAAUAAGGGAACAAGAAGAACAGAAUACAAAGAAAAUGGAAAAAGAAGAAACUAUUGUGACAUCUCUGAGGCUUGCCUACCAGGACCUGGAAAUCCAAAGAAAGAAGGAUGAUGAAAAGAUGAAGAAUUUUCAGGGUAAAAAAAAGGAACAGGCAGAAAGAUUAGGCAUGGGCUUCAGCAGCAGGAGUGGUGUCUCCCAUUCCGUGCUUUCAGACAUGCACACCAUAAAACAGGAAUCGCCCUCCGGGUCCAAACCAGCACGGAAAAAGUAUCUCGAUGAGGAACCCGAAAAUGAGGAUUCAGGGUUUGGUUCUAGAUCAAGCUACUUUGAUGAGCCUGUUGACUCACCAAGCAAGUUUUUUUCUAAGUGGGAUGAUAGCAGUGACUCGGUGUGGAAGAAAGAAUCGAGCAAAUUUGAACCAGAGCCCAUUCUUACCUCUAAAAUGUCUUCACGCGAAGAAAGGCCCACAACACGUCGGAAACACGAAUAUGAAUUUCAUGCAACUACAGACGACGCUCAGAAGAAGUUUGGUGAUGCUAAAGCAAUUUCUUCAGACAUGUACUUUGGAAAACAAGAAAGUGCAGAGUAUGAAGCCAAAACUAGGCUAGAAAAGUUUUCUGGAAAUUCAUCCAUAAGCUCAGCAGACCUCUUUGAUGAGCAGAAGAAACAAACAGGAACAUACGGCAUCAACGUGUUGCCAAGUGCUCCUGAUAUGUCUCAGUUCAAGCAAGGGGUUAAAUCAGUGGCUGGAAGGCUCUCUGUUAUGGCCAAUGGAGUCAUUACUUCUAUUCAGGAUCACUAUGGCUCUUGAGGUGUGAUUCGGGACAUUCAUCUUCAGUUAUAGCAUAGACAACAGAUCCUGAGCUAUGAAAGAAAGAUAUUUGUAAUAUAAUGUUACAUUUGUAUCUUGUAUUUUGAAUAUGUUUAUAUUUUGAAAAGGGUAACAAUUGUAAAGGGAAAUAUAUUUUCUGCACAAAUUAUUUGUGGUGAACAGUGAAUUGGUUUCUUUAGUAGAAGUAGCAGCUUUACGUGAUGUGGGGUAAAUUAUGUUUAAGUAAUCUAUUUUUCAAAUAUUUAAAAUGUCCUAUAUUCAGAAUACGUUGAAGUACUGUUAAUGGCUUUGAACUACAGCAUAUUUUGAAAUGGUUGUUUGGAAAGAACCAUUUGGGUAUACUCUAUAUACAACAACGUACUUGGAUAUGCUGAGAAAUACAGAUGCCUUAUCUGCGUUUUGACUUUCUACAAAGAAGUCUGUAAUCUCAGCAUAUCCCCAAACCCUGGAUUGUAGUUGUAUGCCUUAUAUACACACAUAAAAUGUCAAAAAAUAUUGCCCUUCUCGCAACUGCCAAUUAUCUGUAAUAGGUUUAUUUCACAAAAGAUACAAGUUCAGACCAGUGGGUUGUUGAACUUAAGCAUGCUGUGUAUGUAGCAGAACUUGUUAAAGUGCGCUUAUAAAAAACUAACUUAGGUUAGAAGACCAAAAACAUUGAGAACAUUUUACUCUUGUUUGUAUAUGAUUUAUUUAAAAUAGAUUGAGUAAUUUAUUAAUCUCUUAAAUACUAAUCACUUAAAUUGGUUAAGAUAUGUUUAAAAUCGCGGAGAAGGAUAUAGAACACUUAGAAGGAACUGUUCAUCAAUUUAAUAUAAUACAUUGUAUUGCUGUUCUUUGGAUAAGGAAUAUAUUACAAUAAUGUUUCAAGGGGUCAUGACCAAGAUACAAAUAUUGCGGAACAGAAUGAAGCAGCCAUUUAUUGUAGAAAAGUAAAUAAUUUAGAUGUUCAAGGGAAUCAAGAAACUAUGCAUCUUUAUUGUUACACUACAAAAUGUCCUUAUGACCUGGCUUUUUUCAUAGCUUGAUAUUUUGAAGGCUUGGUCUUUGUAUUCAUGCCUAAGUAUUGAACAGGACAUCAGCUUUUGUUUAAUGAAUGUAUAUUAGACACAAUCAAAGUGCUACUUAUAUAUAUACACACAUACACAUACACUGCAUUACUUGGUUUGAAUUACAUGUUUUCAGUGUUGUAAAAAUGUUUCUUGGAAUAUGUUUUGCUGUGGCUAUGCAUUAGCCUGAGCUCUCUACAAACAUUAUUUCUUGUGAUUUAGUUGCUAAAAAAAAAAAAAAGCAACCACAGUCAAUAAAACAGCUAAUUGUUGUUUUAUAUUUUAUAAUAUAUACUUUCUGUGGUUGAAAGGUUUUCUAAAGAAUGAAAUGCCUAAAUUGGAGGAGAUUGUGAAUGCUUGUACAGCAAGAUUUUAGAAAAAUGUACAUUUUAACACCUUUUAUCUCGUACGUGAUAAAGACUUCAUCUUACCAGGAUGAUAUGAACAGGUAAUUUCCCCAGAUACUUCACUGGUUUCAGAUCUGAUACACAGCUUUUGGCUUUUUUUAUUUUUUAUUCUUUCAUUCUAAAUAACUACAUAGGUGAUUACUGAGCAAUUACUACGCUGAGAGGAAGUAUACCAAAACAAAAAGCUAAAACCAACCCAUUCUCGUUUUGAGAUGUGCAAGGUAAAACUGGUACACUUGCUGCUGUUUGGUUUAAAAAAAAAAAAAAAAAAAAAGAAAGAAAUAGAUGAAGAGGUGCUUUUGAAAACAAAUAAAAAUGAGGGUUAGAGCUUGUGUGUUAAGAGUCUACGUGAACACUGACUGGAAGAGAUGUAAUAGACAAUACAAAAUCUGGGACCUCUUCCACCUUUAUGGCUGUUUUAAUGAAGGAUUAUGAAGAAAAA